AUGCAUGACUUUCACACAUCGAAGUGGACUCGUCUUAACCCGUCCUCUCAGAUUAAACGGACACGUCUCGGUCGGAGUUGUAUUGAUCAGCCGACGAUGGACAUGGUCUCAGUGAAUCGGUACGGAGGGCACACGCGGCGCGAGAUGCUGGCGACGACGUUUCGUGUGUAUCACAGUGUGGAUCAAUCUGAAGCAACUCGACAGGCUGGACAAGAGGCACUGCAGUCAAUUCAAUUCACGGGCUUUACUAUGGGUGAGGAGGAGGAGCAUGAAGUAGCGGUUGACUUUGCUUGUUUGUACCUGAACGCCUGCGUUCUUUUUUGUGUCAUGCCAACACAUGAGAUGAUGUCGGAGUUGCUGAGUUGGCUCGCAACUUCGCUUUAUAGCUCGUUUCACUGGGAGUGUGUGCUCUGCGCCCUCGCCGUGUACCUGCAGCCCUCGCAGAAAACGCAACAACAACGGCGACAGCUUUAG